CUGAUUUACCCUGACUGCUUAAUAUACCCUCGUCGAACGAUACCGUCGUUUUCUCCAGAGAGAUUAGGGUUCAAGGAAAACGGCGGAGAUGCUCGAGUUCUACAAAUGUCGUAGUAGCUCAGUCGAAUGGAAACCUUCCCCGAUAGUCGCUCUAGCCACCAGCGUGGACGAAUCUCAGGUCGCUGCCGCUAGGGAAGAUGGCUCCCUUGAGAUAUGGCUGGUAUCCCCUGGCGCCGUUGGUUGGCACUGCCAACUGACGAUACACGGUGACCCAAAUCUGAGAGUGUCUUCGCUCGUAUGGUGUAGUUCGGGUUCCUGUGGCUUAGCGGCUGGCAGGUUGUUGUCAUCAAGCAUUGAUGGAUCAAUAUCUGAGUGGGACUUGGACAACUUGACACAGAAGGUUGUGGUGGAUCCUAUUGGUGUUUCCAUUUGGCAGAUGGCUACUCAUCCUAUGUGUAAUAAUACAAAACAGGAUUUGGGUUAUCUAGAGAAUGGACACGCAGCUAUUGGUGAUGGUGAUGGUGAUGUGACGAGCGACAGUGAAGUGGAAGGUGAUUCGGUUGAGUUAUAUGAAGAGCCGAUUACCGGGAAUGCAUGUAUAGCAAUUGCCUGUGACGACGGAUGUGUGCGUUUAUAUGAUAUAUCAGACUCAGAUGAGGUCACUUACCAUAAAUCGCUGCCAAGGGUCAGUGGGCGUGUAUUAAGCGUCACUUGGAGUCCAGAUGCAAGAAGGAUAUAUUCAGGGAGUAGUGAUGGGUUCAUAAGAUGCUGGGAUGCUAAAUCGUCUCAUGAAGUAUACAGAAUCACUGUUGGUCUUGGGGGGUUAGGCGGUGGGUCUGAACUUUGCAUAUGGUCUUUGCUUGCUCUGAGGUGUGGGACCCUUGUGAGUGGGGACAGCAGUGGCAGCGUUCAGUUUUGGGAGAGUUCACAUGGUACUCUGUUGCAAGCACAUUCUUGUCAUAAGGGGGAUGUGAAUGCUUUGGCUGCUAGUCCUAGUCAUAGCAGGGUGUUCUCAGCUGGAUCAGACGGUCAGGUUAUCUUAUAUAAGGCCUCUGGUGACAAGUCUUGUGAAGCAAUAAAAAAGAAGUGCAAGUGGGUGUAUGUUGGUUAUGUGAGAGCCCAUACACAUGAUGUGAGAGCCUUGGUUGUUGCUGUACCCAUAAGCCGCGAAGAUUUAUUGGUGUCGGGUGAAGAAAAGGUAAAAAGAGGGCAUGGCACUGGUGUUGACUUGAGCAUGAGCUACAAUAAGUGGGCUCAUAUGGGCAUUCCCAUGCUUAUAUCAGCUGGAGAUGACACAAAGCUUUUUGCAUAUUCAGCCAACGAGUUCACCAAAUUCGGUCCACAUGAUAUCUGUCCUGCACCACAAAGACCAGCCAUUCAGUUGGUGUGCAGUAGUAAUAUGCUUCUGGUCCAGGCUUCAAAGUGGUUGGAUAUCUUUACGGUUGAUGUGAAAAGAGGAGACGCUGUUUCAACUACUGAUAUGGUGGCUCGAGUAAAGAGCAAGAGCAAGAGGAAGAUCAUUUGCAGCUCCAUGUCCUCUUCAGGGAGAUUUUUUGCGUAUUCAGAUCAUGUGAGACCUUGCCUAUUUGAGCUGAUGAGAAAGGAGGAGGGAGGGUGGUCCAUAAGUAAAAGGAAACUCCCACCAUGCAUACCUUUUGCCCAUUCCAUGAUAUUUACUUGUGAUUCUUCUCGGUUAAUGAUAUCAGGACAUGACAGAAUGAUAUAUGUUGUAGAUGUUGGAAGCCAGAAAUUAAGUCAUCGAUUCACCCCAUGUUGUAAGGAGUCAGAUUCAGAAUUACCACCUACUCAGCCUCCAAUUACAAAAAUGUUUACUAGUUUGGAUGGACAGUGGCUAGCUGCAGUCAACUGUUUUGGAGAUGUGUAUAUAUUCAAUCUAGAGACACAGAGGCAACACUGGUUCAUUGCAAGAUUGGAUGGUGCCUCUGUUACAGCUGCAGGGUUUAGUCCUGGAAAUAGCAAUGUGCUAAUAAUCUCUACAUCUUCAAACCAAGCCUAUGUUUUUGAUGUGGAGGCUAAGAAACUAGGGGAAUGGUCUAGACACAACACAUUUAUGUUGCCUCGAAGAUAUCAGGACUUUCCUGGAGAGGUUAUUGGGCUCACAUUUCCGCCAUCUUCAAAUUCAUCAACUGUCAUCAUUUACAGUGCCAGGGCAAUGUGCUUGAUUGACUUUGGGAUGCCGGUCGGGUGUGAUGAAGAUCCUGAUGAGAAAGCAAUAACAUUAAAGAAGAAGUUAUUAAAACGUAAGCUGCAUGAGUUAGAAGGUAAAAAGGGUGGUAGGAAGAAUUUUGAAUUUUGUGCCUUUAGAGAACCGGUUUUAUAUGUUGGCCAUCUUUCAAAAGGUUCUGUAUUGGUCGUAGACAAACCAUGGUUGGAAGUUGUUAACAAUUUUGAUGCCCAGCCAGUUCACAGACAUAUAUACGGGACAUAAACCAAACCCCAAACCCACUCUUUAAUGACAGACAAAACAAAUGGAGGGUAGGAGUAGGUGUAGGUAACUACCACUACUACUACUACUACUACAAUUGGUUAGGUAGAGGAGCAGAGUUCAAUUUUGAUCGCUUUAUUCCAUAUGGUCAAUCAUGUUGUGUAAUGAAUGUAUUGCUUAAAUCUUGUUGCCUUUGAUAGUAAAAUUCUUUUUAAUGUACAUUGGCUUUUUCAUUAGAUGGGUUUCUUUUUCUGAUUA